CUUCGCUGCGGGGCUGGAGACGGCGGGAGCUGUCGCUGGCAAGUCGAGGUUACUGGGGACACGUUCUCCUGGAGCCGCGCGGUAGGGAGGCCGGAAUCAUGACCGGCGAGGUGGAUUCUGAGGUUAACCUGGAAGUCGGUGAUCUAAAAAUCCUUUCACAAGAAGAAGUAGACAGUGGACAGGGCAGCUUUGACGCACUCGAGCUCUUUAGUGAAAGAGAUUCUGACGAAGAGAUAUUUGUGAGUAAGAAGCCGAAGAGCAGGAAAGUGUUACAAGACAGCGAUUCUGAGGCUGAGGACAAUGCUCCGGAGAAACCCACCUAUGACAGUGCGGAGGAGAAUAAAGAGAACUUACACUCGGGGAAGAGUGAGAAGAUCAAAAGCGUCUCCACAGCUCUGGCUGACAGUGACGAGAGCAACAUGGAGGGAACUCCGUGUCAGGAGAGUCUUGAGACUCAAGAGACUCCUUCCUUGGAGCUGAGCCACCAGACAGCAAGCUCUGCGGACUUCACCACCGACAGAAAGCUCUCCAAAGCACUCCGCAGAGAAGGAACUGAAGGAAAAGCAAAAUCCAAGAGAAGACUGGAGAAAGAGGAGAGAACAAGGGAGAAAAUUAGGAGACUGAAAAAGAAGGAAACAAGAUGUGAGGAAAGUGAUGCAGACCGGCCACUUAACGACAGCGGCUGUCUUCUUGAAGAUAGUGAUCUUUUUGAGACAGGUUUGGAAGAAGAUGACUCUCCACUGGAAGAUGAGGAGUCAUUAGAGUCAAUCAGGGCGGCUGUCAAAAACAAGAUGAAGAAUCACAAGAAAAAGGAACCAUCCCUGGAGAGUGAGACCUUUUCAUUAGAAGAUGAAAGUGAGUUAUCCAAAGGCAGUGGGAGGAAGGAAAGAAAGGCAGCAAAGUUAAGUAAGGAAGCACUAAAAAAACUGCAUAGUGAGACUCAGCGUCUAGUCCGAGAAUCUGCACUUAAUCUUCCAUAUCAUAUGCCUGAGAGUAAAACUAUUCACGAUUUCUUCAAACGAAAGCCCCGGCCCAGUUGCCAGGGCAGCGCCAUGGCCCUGCUGAAGUCAUGUAAGUAUCAGUCGGGCCACCACAAGGAAGCCAUAAACCCGGCAGAUGCAACUGGAAUGAGUGCCGAUGACCCCAGCAAAGGUUCUGAGCAGAGAACAAGGGCAGAAAGUGCAAAGGAAACUACCAUUCUCCCUGAGGUCUCAGAAGAAGCCGGGAUCAUUGCUGGAUCAGAUGAGGCUUGCGGGAAGGAUCCGGUAAGAGGAGCAGAGCUGGAAAUUGAGGAGACUGAGAAGUACAGUGAUGGCAGACCUUCUCCUGGGGACAGAUCUGUGUCACAGCAAGAAUCCUCCAUCUCCAGGAGCAAAGACAGUGAGAACUGUCACACUGGAGAACUCACCCAGUUCGACCCUCCUGCCUUGGAGGGAGAAGAACUGAAAACAACAGAAGAAGCAGAGGCAAGAGAGGGAGCAGCCGAGCAGAAAACUGAGUCAGCUGUGGCGCCACCUGGAAAGGCCAGACGAUUCACCGUGGACCGACUUAGACAGCUAGGCGUGGAUGUUUCCAGUCAGCCUCGGCUGGGCGCUGAUGAAGAUUCCUUCGUGAUACUUGAUGAACCUGAAACCAACAGAGAACUGGAAGCCUUGAAGCAGCGCUUCUGGAGGCACGCUAACCCAGCAGCCAGUCCCAGGGCUCGUCAGACGCUGAAUGUGAACAUCAUCGUGAAGGACUUGGGCACUGACGGGAAGGAGGAGCUGAAGGCAGAAGUGGUGCCUGUCACUUUGGCAGCAGAGAAGCUGGAAGAAGCGAGUCACACAAAACCAGGUGAAAAACUGCAGAUGUUAAAAGCUAAGUUGCAGGAGGCAAUGAAACUCCGAAGGCAUGAGGAGCGGCAGAAGCGCCAAGCGUUGUUUAAAUUAGAUAAUGAAGAUGGAUUUGAAGAGGAGGAGGAAGAGGAAGAAAUGACAGAUGAGUCUGAGGAAGAUGGAGAAGAGGAGACUACAGAAUAUCUUCUUGGCAGCGAAGAUACAGAAACCAAAGAUGAAAAAGAAACAGAUAAAGAAAACACAGACGCCAGUAGUGACAUCGGCAAAUCUGUUGCCCUCUCUGUCCCCAAGCCCCUCUCCUCGGACUCCACCUUACUUCUGUUUAAGGACAGCUCUUCCAAGAUGGGUUACUUUCCUACUGAAGAAAAAUCAGAAACAGAUGAACACAUGGGCAAGCAGUCUGACAAACUGGAUGAAGAUGACUCGAGUUCACUGCUAACAAAAGAGAGCAGCCACAACAGCAGCUUUGAGCUCAUUGGCUCCACAAUUCCAUCCUAUCAGCCCUGCAACAGACACACAGGCCGAGGGACGAGUUUUCUCCCUACAGCAGGAUUCAGGUCGCCGUCCCCUGGUCUGUUCCGGGGCAGUCUGAUCAGCUCGGCUUCUAAGAGUUCAGGGAAACUGUCUGAGCCUUCACUUCCCAUAGAGGAUUCCCAGGAUCUGUACACCGCCUCCCCAGAGCCGAAGACACUUUUCCUAGGAGCAGGAGACUUCCAGUUCUGUUUGGAAGAUGACACUCAGAGCCAACUGUUGGAUGCAGAUGGGUUUUUAAACGUUAGAAAUCACCGGAAUCGGUAUCAGGCUUUGAAGCCGCAGUUGCCGCUGGCCAGUAUGGACGAGAAUGCCAUGGAUGCCAACAUGGAUGAAUUGCUCGACUUGUGUACCGGACAGUUCACAUCUCAGUCUGAGGAGAAAUGUCAGCCAAGGAAGAAUGACCAGAAAGAAAACAUGGAGGAACUUCUGAACCUCUGCUCUGGCAAAUUUCCUUCUCAAGAUGCUUCCCCGGUGGCCCCGCUGGAGCUGAGGAAGGAGGAGAAGGAGAGUGGCACAGAAGAUCCCAUGGAAGAGGCGCUUGCUCUUUGCUCGGGCUCCUUCCCGACAGACAGGGAGGAAGAGGGUGAAGAAGAGGAAUUUGGAGAGUUUCAUCUUGUUUCAAAGGAGAAUGAAUUUGCUAGCGAUGAGGGUGGACACAGUGAGUCCAGUGAUGAAGAGCUGGCCCUGGACCUGGAGGAUGAUGAAGAAGAGCUCCUGAAGCAGUCUGAGAAGAUGAAACGGCAAAUGAGACUGAAGAAAUACUUGGAGGAUGAGGCAGAGGUGUCAGGCAGUGACGUGGGAAGUGAAGACGAGUAUGACGGGGAAGACAUCGAUGAGUACGAAGAAGACGCCAUUGAUGAGGUGCUUCCAUCCGACGAGGAGCUGGAGAGUCAGAUCAAGAAAAUACACAUGAAAACCAUGUUGGAUGACGAUAAGCGGCGACUGCGGCUUUAUCAAGAGAGGUACCUUGCUGACGGGGAUCUGCACAGUGACGGGCCUGGACGAACAAGAAAAUUCCGAUGGAAACACAUAGAUGACACCUCCCAGAUGGAUCUGUUUCGCAGAGACUCUGAUGACGAUCAGGUUGAAGAACAGCUUGACGAGACCGAAGCCAAGUGGAGAAAGGAGCGAAUUGAACGAGAGCAGUGGCUUCGGGAACAGGCUCAGCAGGGGAAAAUUGCUGCUGAAGAAGAGGACGUUGGAGAAGACAGUCAGUUUAUGAUGCUAGCCAAGAAAGUCACAGCCAAGGCACUGCAGAAGAAUGCCAGUCGUGCCGUGGCUGUUCAGGAAUCGAAGUCUGUGCUCAGUAACCCUUUUGAAACCAUCAGAGCGGGAUGUGCUCACCAGCUGAAGACAGGCUCCCUGCUAAACCAGCCCAAAGCUGUGCUUCAAAAACUCGCUACCCUGUCUGACCUCAACCCCAGCGCUCCCCGAAACUCAAGAAACUUUGUCUUCCAUACACUUUCUCCCACCAAGGCAGAGACAGCAAAGAAUUCAUCUAAACCUCAGGUGAGAAGAAGGGGACCAUCGUCAAUGAUGUCACCGUCCCCUAAGCGGCUGAAGACAAAUGAUAGCAGUCCAGGACCAAAGCGAAGCAUCUUCAGAUACUUGGAAAGCUAACAGCAUCCGGGAUGCCAGUGUCUGUGGAAAGUACUCAAAGUAGGUCCAGCAUGGAGGGGUGGGACUGCUGUUUCUGCCGAUGACCUCUCCCUCCCUCAGCACCAACACAUUACGAGCAGAGCUUCCUGUUCUCCCCACCACACAGCUCUCCACAGCAUUUUCUUUCCUAGUUAUUUUCUAGUUUGGCCACCAGAGUUCCCAGCAUCGACUUACAGAAUAAUUGAAGUCUCACUUCUUCCGUUAAGCACUUGACAUUUUCUUCCUAGCAGUUUCCUGGGUUGACACCACUUUCAAGUAGAGGUGUUCGUUGGAGGAAGAAAGUGUGGCAUUAUAGAAAAUUACAGAAAGCACUGAAAGCCAGCACUGGGAUGAGGCCUCCACAGCCACGCAACCUGUAACCCAGUAACCAGGCCAAGAAGCACAGCCUGCUGUUGAAUCGUCCUGUCCUUCUGUGUCUUGUAAGCUUCUAGCCUUGAUCUCUGAUUAACCUUUAUCGCCUUUGAAAUGAGGACGUAAGCUGGUACCUGGUUGAGAAAGAGGCUGUCCCUCACUGUCUGCAGUGUGGGAGGAAGAUAAAGGUUAAACCCAGUGUCCAUCCGCACUGGAUAAUCAAUGGAGAGCAGACCGUCCCUGGGACUGGAGGAGUCUCAGCUGACAGCAUCUGUUGGAGAGCCUCCUCCCUUCUGCAGAAGCCCGACCACCAUUUAUUGCUGCUCUCGGGCCUGACCUCAGAGACCACUUUACUACUUCAUCACUAAUGUUGGGAGCAGACCAGUAGGAUUAGUAAAAACGUUGCAGAGAGCCGCCAUUAGUCGCUUUCUUCCACCAGCCACUGGGCUUUCAGAAACGUAGACCAACUCCCUCCCGUUGUUGCUUUGCAAAAGCGAUUGCAGGGGAGAGGUGGGCGAGUGUGGAAGCUGAGCGUGGGAGGCUGGGGGAGGCAGUGUCCAUCUUUUACUGAGAGACAGAACGCAGCCCAUUCAACUGACGAAACGAACAUGUAGGUUUUCUGUUGGGUGCUAGGGCUCUUUGGUUUUGAUUUUUUCUAAUCCUCAGGAUAAGGAUACUGACUUGGACCGAACACACAGUUGUACAUUUGUAAUCUUGUAAUGGGAGAGAUGUGUAUAAAGCUGUUUUAAUAUGUAUGUAGUUUUCAAUAAAUCUCACUGCCCCGAGGGCAGGGUUUGCUCUCCA